AAAAAACAGAUCGGCAGCUAAGGGCCAGCACUUUCCAGAGUUUGGUGUCUGAACUCCAUGGUGAAGGAGGACAAGUUUUUGACCUGGCAGGCCCCUAAUUCAGUGUGGCACCCCAGAGUGUGGCAGCGCCAUGUUCAGUAUUCUGAAGACCUUUGACGCUGAUGCCAUUGAGGUAGAUGCUACUGUCUAUGCUCUAGGAAUGAUGCUCAGACCUACUGGCCUCUUGGUGAAAGACAUACUGGAGAUUGCGCAGACCAAGAAGAGCAAGCCAAUAAUGUAUGCUCUCAGCAAUGUUGUAAGGAGGCACUUCCAAGCUGAGGGUCAGCUCACCUCUGAGAUUCUUGAGGUGUCUAACUUCAUUACCUCCAUUCUUGGUGCUGACUGUGCUGGCGAGAAAGAUCUGACUUACUUGACCUUAAGGGUGAUUGGAAACAUGGGCGAGGCUAUGGAAGCAGCUGAUCCCAACAUAAAGACCACUCUGCUUAAGUAUAUGAGACAGCCUGCCACCACCCUGUCAGUCCAGAUGUCUGCCAUUCAGACUUUCAGACGAAUGUCUGUGAAUGCUGAUGUCCGUUCCAACAUUCAGAGAGUGGCCCUAUAUGCCAAAGGUGCUGUUCAAAAGAGACUUGCUGCAUAUCUUAUCUUGAUGAAAAAGCCAGAGGCAAGUGACCUGGAGGUUGUGAGGAAGAUCCUUACCCAGGACCAGAAUGUGCAAGUCAAGUCUUUUGUGGCUUCUCAUGUCUACAACAUUAUUAAUUCCAGGGAUCCUGAAAUGAAAGAGUUGGGCAAAACAAUAGUCAAGGUCAUGCAGGAUGAUGAGGUGCUUACCCACUCAAACUACACUCAGCUCUCUCGUAACUAUAAGAUGGAUGUAUUUAUGCCAGGCAAGGAUGUCAUGGGCUCCGAUAUGCAAGGAAGCAUCAUUUUUGAUCCCAGCAGUCAGUUGCCCAGAGAGGUUAUGCUUGAGACAACCCUGAAAGCCUUCGGUUACAACCUUGACUUCAUUGAGUUUGGCAUGGAGGGCAAAGGAUUUGAGCCAACUGUUGAGACUCUCUUUGGAAGCAAUGGCUUCUUCCCUGAUUCUACUUCCAAGGCAAUGUACUGGGUUGGGGACAAAAUACCAAACAAAAUCAACGAAGUUCUGCAAGAAUGGGUUGAACCCCUGAGAACAGAAAAAACUAAAAGACAGGUCCCUGAGAAUAUUAUUAGGGAAAUGGUGCGGAACUUCAACAAGCUUGCAAAGGAUAUAUACAACCAGGACUCCCCAGAGACUAUUGCUUACUUAAGGAUAAUGGGGAAUGAGUUGGGAUACAUCAAGAGCACCAAUGACCUGUCAGCUAUUGUUGACAGGAUGGCCACAUAUAUUCAGGCCUUCAAGUACUUACCUGCUUGGAUUACAAAGGCCUUGAUGUCUGGAGAUCAGAGCAUCUUUGCUCACUACAUCUUUAUGGAUAAUGAGUUCUCCCUUCCAACUGCCUCUGGACUUCCCCUUAAGUUUGCUUUGUCUGGGACCUUUGCACCUGGUGUUGAGGGUGGUCUGCGUAUGGAACCUGGCAGGGGUGAACUGUCUUUUUCACCCUCCAUGGCAGUAGAAUUUGUUACCUGUAUGGGAGUCCACAUCCCCAAAUUUGUUGUCUCUGCUGUGGAAAUGCACACUAAUAUGUUCCAUGAGAGCUCUUUCAGUGCCAAGAUCACUACGGGCGAUGGCCAAAUAAAGCUGUCAAUCCUGCCACCCAAGAACACUAUUGAACUCUUCAGAGUCAGCAACAAGUUAGUAAUGGUGUCCAAAACUCCGGUCACACUCGUUCCUGAGACGGGCGACAGAACUGCCAUAAUGAACUGCAGCCCCCUUAUUUCUGGAAUCAAUUACUGCACCACCAUACUCAACUCUAAAGCUGAGAGAAAUCCUCCAUACUUUCCUCUCAAUGGAGAGUCCAGUUUUGUUUUGGGUAUCCAACCCACUGGUGACAUCACUGAGUACACUGCAGCCUUUGCCUAUGAACUCUUGAACGAGGGCAAGGAAGGCCGCCAUAAUGUUGAUUUUCUGAAAAUGAUUUUGAAAGCAGAAGGUACUAAGGCCACAGAGGCAACUGGCACUAUUAAAUACAACAGGAACAAGAAUAUUCUAAUGACCAGCAUUGAAAUUCCUGACUAUUGA